AUGGAUUCUAGCCAAUCACAGGUUUCAGUUGGAUUUGAACGGGGCUCCGAUUAUAAAGACACCUCCAGCCUCAACUCGCAAGCACUCCACUUCUUGCAGAAACAGCAUUCUUCGGCGAUUACAAAGGUUGUUGACUUUGAUCUACUGGCAGUCUUUCUAAUGCAGGGAUUUGAUGCUGGACAUCACAUCUGCAAGAUCAUCGGAAUGGUUGAGGGGGCUUUUACUGAGGCCACCCCACCUCAAAACAUGCUGAUGUAUCAAAUUGUUAAUGCAGCAAAAUUGGUUAAAACUCGGAUUCAGACGUACCAGGACCAAUUGAAGACUAACCCCAGCACCAGAAAACCUUUUUGCCUCCGCUUUCCAACAUAUGAAUUGGUUCUACAGCAUUCCAGCAAACUCAAAAAGAUGUGCGAAGUGUUGCCAACCGACGUCAUGGUUGUGCUGAUUGAUGAGGGUGGUAUUUGUGUUGGAGUUGGACUUCCACCAAAGCCUCCAUCUGACAAGACCGGCCAUAUGCCCUGUGAUGUGCGGGCCAUAAAGACGCUGGAUACGUUUGUAUCCAAAAAUGUUGUUAAAAUCAAAGAAGAUGAGGCUGUCCGCAUUGGUCCAAACGAAAACACUGCUCCACAUCCGCAAUCACCCUUUCCACUCUCAUCCAACCCAAAAGGCCUUGUCCGUUCUGCAAAGGGGGCCAAGGAUUCAAUGUGCUCUUAUCAAACAUAUGGAUUUGGCUUAGGCAGUACUGAAGAGUUGCAGGGCCAUGGUGAAGAAUGGAAGUCUGAACCCGAACCUCACCUUCCGGAACCAAUGCGGUCUGAAACUGGUGCAACCCUUCGUGGCUUAGUUGAGCUUCAAUAUGAUACUGUAUUUUAUUCAAAGCUUUCGUAUUGGAUAAAUCGAAUCUUCCUACCCGAAUCAUCUGCCGUUGCCAAACGUGCCAUUGAAUUUUUAUCCAAAAAUCGAUCCUCGGCUGUCAAAGAAGCAAUUGAACGAGAAAACAACCGAAUUGUUGCUUCUCGAACUGUCUCAGUGAAUGUGCAGCCUUACACCCACCACGACAUUAAUAAUGCCCUCUUAAUGGACAGCGUAUUCUUUUUCGGGAAUCAUCUUGGUGGGGAGUUUAUUCUCCCAUCGCUUGGGGUGGCAUACUGUGGAUUGCAUGGAUACUCAUUCCAUGGACCGUUUGGUAUCCUUUUGCAUGGUGUGGCACAAUAUUACUUCUUGGAAGAAGUCAAGGAACCUAGGCGCUUUUCUCUGGCUAUGUGGAGCAGGGCUACGACUUUUUCAGCUAUUGCUCGAGGGGCUGCGUACAAAGCCGGUAAUCAAAUUUUUAGUGAUCCGGCAUACUGGCUACCCCUUUAUCCGGAAUACUCAUUGGAAAAAGUUCGUGAUUUGUUCAAAGAAGAAUGUAAAAUUGAUAAGAAAAUUAGGAAGAUAGAAUCAAUCAAAAACAAGCAAAUGAUUCCUGUUUAG